UUCUCUUCACACCUCCAUCAAAAAUAUAUCGAUAACUUUUUUUUUUUAAAAAAAAUAGUAAUUAAUUAAUAUCUUGCAUAGGAUAAUUCCGAUCGACAUGGCGGAGCGCGACCGUCCGUACCAGCAGCUCCAAGUGACGGCGCAGCCGCGCUACGAGGGCGGUGUGAGGCCGGCCAUCUUCCAGCAGAAGGGCGCCGGCGGCGGUCCGUCCGCCGGCCAGAUUCUGGCGAUAGUGAUGUUCCUCCCAAUCGGCGCCUCACUUCUGGGGCUCGCCGGAGUGACCAUGGUCGGAACCCUAAUUGGGCUGGCGGUGGCCACCCCGCUAUUUGUGAUCUUCAGCCCAGUUCUGGUGCCGGCGGCGAUUCUCCUCGCCGGGGCGGUUGCCGGAAUCCUGACGUCGGGGGCUUUCGGGUUGACCGGACUGUCGUCGUUCUCGUGGGUGGUGAAUUCGUUCCGGCGGGCGACCGGCGAGGAUCCGCUGGAGUAUGCGAGGCGGCGGGCGCAGGAGGCAACGGUGACGGUGGGGGAGAAGACGAAGCAGAUGGGAGAAAUGAUGGGGGAGAAGACGAAGCAGGCCGGGGAGACGAUUAAGAGCAAGGCGCAGGAGGGCGGCGGCGGCGGCGUGCGGACAUGAAGGGAUGGGGUGAAGUGAGAAUUAAUGAUAGGAUGAGGAUUGUAAUGUCAUAAUAAUAAAUUGUGGUGGUGCUUUGUUAAUUUGAAAUUUGUGUAUGAUGAUGAUCUUGAGAUGGACAUGGACAUGGACUACUACUAUGUUUGUUUAAUGUAUGUACCGUACCGGUUGUGGCUGUGGUUGUUUCUUUAGUGCAAUGUCACUUAGUUCUUUA